AUGCGGAAGCAAGCCGCAAUGAAUAUAGUGGCGAUGGUGGUGGUUGUUGCAUUUUCGUUGCCACUGCGCGUGGCGUUGGCCGAAAACGCAGCGGAGUCUCUGAUGAGAUUCAAAACCGCCCUAACGAAUACUGAUCCGUCGCUAGCGAAUUGGAAUCCGUCGACGAAUCCAUGCAGAGGCAAUUGGGCAGGCGUACUCUGUUACAACGGGUACGUGUGGGCGCUGCAGCUCGAUAACAUGGGCCUGCAAGGUCAGAUCGACGUGGACUCCCUGGCCGAGCUGUCUUACCUGCGCACCCUCAGCUUCAUCAACAAUAACUUUCAGGGCUCCAUGCCUAACUGGCGCAAACUGGGCACCCUCAUGUCCUUGUAUUUGUCUGACAACCACUUCUCCGGCCAGAUCGCUAAUGAUGCUUUUGAAGGCAUGGAGUCGUUGAAGAAGGUGUAUCUCUCCUACAAUAGUUUCACCGGCCCCAUUCCUGGGUCUCUGGCAUCGCCCAGGAUGGUUGAGGUCGGCCUCGACAACAACCACUUCUCGGGGGCUAUACCGGCUAUCGACUCGCAAAACCUUCAGGUCUUCAACGUCUCCAACAAUGACCUGCAAGGUCCCGUCCCUCCGUCUCUCCUCAAAUUGGAUCCAUCCUCCUUCACAGGCAACAAAGCCUUGUGCGGGGGGCCCAAUGGACCGUCCUGCAACCCUCCGAAACCCCCUCCGGACCUGGAGCCAAUUCUUCACCCUCUUCCUCCUCCUCCGGGUGGCCGUAAAAAAUCAUCAUCUUUUUCUCCGGCAAUAAUAGCCAUAAUCAUACUCAGCAUCCUGCUGAUUUUGCUUCUCCUGCUGCUGCUGCUUCUGCUCUGCCGGUGGAUACUCUUCGAAGAUGAUGAUGAUGAUGAUGGCGAUGAUGGUGGUGUAAAGCCGCAACAGAAGGAUAUGAUGAGUCCUCUGCCGGUAGGGGCACUGUCUAUAGCAAUAGGCGAAGCGGGCGGGAGAGGCGAGCAGAAGCAGAAGCAGAAGCUGAAGCAGAAUGAGAUGACGAUGAGUCCUCUGCGGGGAGGGCCAGCGUCUUUAAGAAUAGGUGCAUCCCCCUCCCCACAGGGACUUACAGGCGCAUCGCCCUCCCCACGAGGAUUCACAGGUGCAUCCCCCUCCCUGGCCGGGAGAGGCGAACAACAAGCGAGCAAGCUCUCCUUUGUGAAGGAGGACAGACAGAAGUUCGACCUGCAGGACUUGAUGAGAGCAUCCGCAGAAGUUCUGGGAUCCGGAAGCUUCGGGUCAUCGUACAAAGCGGUGCUGGUGGACGGGGAUGCAGUGGUUGUCAAGAGAUUCAAGCAAAUGAACAACAUAAGCAAGGAAGACUUCCACGAACACAUGAAGAGACUCGGCAGACUCAAACACCCCAACCUGUUGCCCUUGGUAGCAUACUUAUACCGCAGAGAAGAGAAGCUAGUUGUUUUGGACUUCGUCCCGAACAACAGCUUGGGGAAGCACCUCCGCGACGACGGAAAACGCCCUAAGGAGUGGCCGAAGCCGCUCAGCUGGGAAAGCCGCUUGAAAGCUAUUAAAGGAGUAGCAAGAGGGCUGGCUUACCUCCACGCGGAGCUGCCAAGCCUAAACGCCCCUCACGGCCACUUGAAGUCAUCCAACGUCAUGCUAGAUAGAAACUACAAUGCGCUGCUCAUGGACUACACGCUCAGCCCCAUCGUCAACCCCAGCCAGAUCAGCCAAGCGCUCGUGGCGUACAGAUGCCCCGAGUAUGCUCAAACCGGUCGGAUUGGCAGGAAAUCCGACGUGUGGUGCUUGGGGAUUUUGAUACUGGAGACUCUGACGGGGAAGCCGGUUGACAAGUACAUGGGUGCAGACUUAUUGAAAUGGGUGAAAGGUAUCGUAGAGGAAGCGGAAGGGAGAGGUGCAAUGGUGUUCGACAAGAGUAUGGAGACGAGUAAGCGGUCGCAGCUGGAGAUAAACAUGCUUUUGCAGAUAGGGAUAGCAUGUUGCCAAGAAGACCUGGAUAAGAGGUUAGGUUUGGAGGAGGCAGUUACAAGAAUUGAGCAGCUGCAAGAGUAAUAUGCCUACAUUUACUUGCACCCUUUCCUUUAUAAAGAUGGAAUUGAGAAUAAAAAAACUGAGACUAUUUGCCUCAAAUAUAGUUUAAAUAGCAUAACAUCGAUUUCAAGUGUUUAGUGUUUAGAAACAAAGAGGGAGGAGGAGACUGCACCAUGUUUCAUGUGGAGUCAUUUCAUAAGUAAUAAAAACAGUAUAUUGCUUUGCAUCUCAAUCAAACUAUGUAUUCUGAUCCAACACAGAAUAGUUUUUAUAUAGGCCUUAGUGGUCCUUAAUUUUAUGAUGAAAUGGAACACAUCUUAAACUUAGUAGUGAAGAAUUCAAGUAAUUAUUAUGAAACUAGAAUGAGUUUUUGCUGUGUUGACAACGACAAGUGUGACCUUCAGAUUCCUAUGGCUAUACACUAUUGAGCUUAUGUUUGAGGUUGGUGGCGACAGACUUGGCAGAAUCUUCGACUGUUGAGGUGCUCUGUUGGAAUCUCUUCAGCACAGCAUCUUUAAGGUUGGCAGUUGCCUCGCCGGCAGUCCUGAAACUGAAACAAACAAACAGCAGUUUAAUUCAAUUUUGAUACAAUAAUUGUCACGACCGCUCUUCUAGGAUAUAAUAAAUGCGGCGAUCGCGACUUAAACGGACUUAAAUACAAUCAAAGAAAAAGGGACUAGGGUUUUAUAAAAGGGGUUUGACCAAGGUAUUUAAUGACAAAUAAUCAAAAGAAAAGGGCAUAGUGAGGCUUUGACAGAUAGACUAAAUAGAGGAAGCAAUUAUCAUCAUUUAUUUCAAAAUAACGAGGGUUCAACGUAUUCCAAAAUAUAUCAUGUCUUUAGAUUCUAAACGAAAUCAAAAUAGUUUCGAGAAUUCAACAAUAAGUAAAAUGGGUUUCAGUGGAAGCAUCCAAGAGAAAAGUGACGUCAUGUGUGAAGACACAACGACACUCGUAGUCAAAAAUAUGUAAAUGUUUAAUUCUUCAUUUAAUUUGCUCAACACCGCCAACCGCUCGUCGCCGCUCA